CUUUCCUGUUUCACUCCAGAAGUAAAAGCGUCUGCAGAAGGUGUUGUUAACCCUGCGUACAUAGGCGGUGGUGUGGCUGCAGCUGUCGCUUUAAUCAUCAUAGUUGUGGUCAUUAUCAUAUUUAGGAGGCGGCGUAAAGCGCACUGUAAAUAUGAUGACCGGGAAGAAAUAGAAGUGGACAGGCAGCCACAGAAUAACAUAGCGUUUCAGGAAGACAGCGACGAUCAGGAAGACGACUCACAGGGUGACGUUAAUCCAUACGUUAACGCGGACGUCGUCCCGACCCAAGUGUCUGUCACCGAAUUCCCAGACUACGGUGCGAGGAAGAAAGCAGCGAAAGGCUUCAAGAAAGAAUUCGAAAAAUUCCCCGUUGGUUUGCACGCGAAGCAUGACGCGGCUGACAAACCUGAGAAUAAAGCGAAAAGCCGCUAUCGAAGCCUCGUGGCCUACGACCAUUCCAGGGUGUUGUUAUCCGUGACAGACGGCCAGGCUACUGACUACAUCAAUGCCUGCUACAUAAAUGGUUACAACGAACCGAAGAAAUACAUCGCAUCUCAAGGUCCUAAUGAUGUCAUACUGCACGAUUUUCUGCGCAUGAUCUGGGAACAGAAGUCUGGAAAGAUUGUCAUGGUGACCAACUUAAUGGAGACAACAAAGACCAAGUGCUGCCAAUACUGGCCUGACGAAGGAUCGGAGAGUUUUGGCCUGAUUACUGUGACACUAUUGAAUGAGGAGUUUUACGGGGAGUUUACCGUGAGAACUCUGCUACUGACUCACAACCGGACAAAGACGGAAAGCUACCCAGUCAAGCAAUUCCACUUUACGGCCUGGCCUGAUCACGGAGCCCCUGCUCAGGCUACCGGGUUACUGGAUUUUCGGGACAAAGUUAACGCUUAUCAGACGCAGCUUAACGGACCAAUCGUCGUGCACUGCAGCGCUGGUGUGGGUCGCACGGGAACAUACAUAGCUCUGGAUUAUCUGAUCACCCAGGCUCAAGACGAGGGGGUGGUGGAUGUGCCGGCCUGUGUGAGACAGCUCCGGGAACAGCGAGUUAACAUGGUCCAGGCAUUGGAGCAAUACAUAUUCCUUCACGAAGCCCUCGCCGAGGCUUUUGUUCUAGGGAGUAGCUAUGUUGGCGAGGCGGAAUUCCAUCGUGUCUUUGCCGAGUUGUGUGCUCCUGACCCAGAGACCGGCAUGACCAAGAUUGCACAACAGUUCCAGUCUCUUCAGCGGCUGACAUCUCCCCUGACCGAAGGCGCGCUUACCACAGCCCGUCAUCCGGACAAUGUCAUCAAAAACAGAUCAAGCCGAAUCCUGGCAGCGGACAUAUGCAGACCGUACCUGUCCACGCCGGUACCUGAAGGCAACAACUACAUCAAUGCCGUGUUCUUACCAGCGUUCAGAUCGAAGAAGGGUUUCAUUGUCACCCAGACUCCUCUACCCAACACAGUCCUGGAUUUCUGGCGCCUGGUGUAUGACCACGGCAUAAGUGUUAUCGUCAUGAUAGACGUUGUCAAGCCACGUGAUACGGAUGUUGGAGUAUACUGGCCAAAAGAAGAGACUCAGUUCGACCCCUUUGUUGUGAAAAUUCAGGGCAAAGAGGAGCGCGAGGGCUUCUCCGUAUGGACCUACCAUUUGGCUCACAAGGAGACGCAGAAUGCAGCGCAUCAUAUCAAGCAGUUCCGAUGUAAGUUCUGGCCAGGUGUAAAUGUACCAGACCCCUCCUCGAUACCAUCUCUACUGGCCAUCAUAAACGAAGCGACCAAAUGGCAACAGAAAACGGGCAACGAACCUGUUAUGGUGCAUUGUAGAGACGGUGUGACGAAAUGCGGUGUGUUCUGUGUGGCUGCGUCGGUGAUUGAGAGACUGAAGGUGGACCAGCAAGUGAACAUCGUCCACACGGUGAAACAGAUGAGGGCCAAUAGACCGGAGGUCAUCACUGACCUGGAGCAGUUCCAUUUCGUACACCAAGUGGCCAAGGUGUAUCUGGAGACAGUGCACACAUAUGAGAACCUGGAGUGAACAUCUUGUCAUCCCCGGUCUGCCUGAAAUAUGGACUGUAACUUAUGACUCCGGCUUAAACGGCUCAUUCCUCACUUUUACGAUUUGGUCUUGUGAUAAUCCUCAAGCUAACUUUAUCCCAUGCACUACUUUAAGCUCAAACACAGCUGUUAU